AUGGUGGAGGGCGGCGGUGUUAACAAAGAGGGUACUGUACUGAAGAUUGCAUUACCAAUAAUGGCUGGUCUUUUGAUUCUCACAUGUGCAUCUUUUGUAUGGGCAUACAAGUUAAGAGGUGAACGGAGAAUCAGCAAUAUUCAGAACAAUGCUAUGCGACAACCCUUGGACAUAUUCACGCUCAAUGAACUUGAGAUAAAUAUAGAGCUUCCGUCGGUUAGUUUUGAAGAGAUCAGUACUGCAACAAAUAAUUUCUCAAACAACAACAUGAUUGGCAGAGGUGGUUUUGGAGUAGUUUAUAAGGGGAUUUUCGGAGGCGGAAAGGAAGCCGCUGUAAAAAGACUCAGUAAGAUUUCUAGGGAAGCGGCUGAUGAGUUCAAAAAUGAGGUGAUCUUGGUUACCAAAUUGAAACAUAAGAAUCUCGUUCGGCUUCUUGCCUAUUGCGCUCACGAGGACGAGAAGUUGCUAGUCUACGAAUACCUGCAUAAUAAAAUUUUGGAUACCUUCCUUUUUGACACUACAAGGAGAUCCAUACUUGAUUGGCCAACCCGGUUCAAGGUAAUUAAAGGGCUUGCAAGGGGGCUUCUUUAUCUGCACGAAGAUUCGAGGUUGACAAUAAUUCAUAGAGAUAUCAAAGCAAGCAAUGUCUUGCUAGAUGCAAAAAUGAACCCCAAAAUAUCUGAUUUUGGUAUAGCAAAGAUAUUUGAGGGAAAUGAGCCACAAGCAAAAACUACCCACAUUGUCGGGACAUUCGGUUACAUGUCCCCUGAGUACGCAAUGGAAGGUUUCUAUUCCGUCAAGUCUGACACCUAUAGCUUUGGUGUCCUACUGUUGGAGAUUAUAAGCGGAUUAAAGAUUAGUUCAGUCCAUCGCAUAGCGGAUGACUCACCAAGCCUUACGUCUUAUGCGUGGAAGUUAUGGAAAGAUGGAAAUGCGAGAGGAUUGGUGGACUCGUCAAUUGUGGAAAAUUGUCCACUUGACAUAGUCAUUAGAUGCAUUCAAAUAGGUCUUCUAUGUGUUCAAGACUAUCCAGAUGAUAGGCCAUGCAUGUCAUCCACUGUCUCCAUGUUGGAAAAUGAAACAGUUCCGCUUCUUCCUCCGAAUGAACCUUUAUACUUUCGACAACAGAACCAUGGAACAGGAGACCAUGGAGAUAAUGUGGGCAUGUCCGUGGAUGACAUUAGUAUCACCGAGGUAGAGGCCUGCUAG